CGACAGGGGCGGGGUUACCCAGGUGAGCGCGCCACGUGUUCUCUUCGAUAUUCAAAACGCGCUCAUUAAUAUUAAUGAGCGGGAUCGCGCAUAUUCAAUGAGUGACCCCGCCGCGCCGCGCCGGUGUCCGCCCACCUCAUUAUUAUUCAUACCGCCCCACCGGAGGCCCCGCCCCGCGCACGCGCGGUUGUCGAGAAAACGCCCCCUCCCCGCAGUGCCGUCGCCAUGACAACCCCCGCCGCGGGUUUCUAUUGGCCGCCGGUGGAGAGACACCCCCCCCCUCUUCGGCCAAUCGGCUCGGCCCGCACCGCCUCCGCUCUGCCCGGCAACGCGCCCGCUCCGCCCUUCUCUAUUGGCUGCCGCGCCGGCCAAUCAGAAGUGGCGCCAGCGCGCAUGCGGGGUGCUCCUUCCCGCGCCGCUCGCCGUUGCCGUGGCGACGCGGCGGCCUGAGGAGGCGGGGGAGGGCGGACGCGUAUUUAAAUGUAUGCAAAUGAGCGACCGCGCGGGCUGCUGAAUAUGCAUGAGCGUAGGGCGAGAGCCCCGCCCCUUUGCCGGCUGGUGUCCUCGGUGCAGGCGGUGAUGGCCUCCACGGCCGGGUACAUCAUCUCCUCCUCCUGCCAACAUGUCAUCGAUGACCAGCACUGGCUGGCGGGGGCGUACCCCCAAUUUGCCGUCCCCUACUUCGUCUACGACGUCUACGCCAUGUUCCUGUGUCACCGUCACCGGGGGCGGGUGAAGGGCCACGAAGCGGCCCCUCCCCCGUCGCUGCGCGCGGCCGCCGGCGCCUACCUGCGCAAGGACCUGCUGAUGGUGCUCCACCACGCCGCCAUGGUGCUCGUCUGCUUCCCCGUGGCCACCCUAUGGCGCCAAGGGAAGGGCGACUUCUUCUUGGGGUGUCUCCUGAUGGCCGAGCUCAGCACCCCCUUCGUCUGCCUCGGCAAGGUCCUCAUCCUGUUCCAGCGCCAGCACACGGCCCUGCACAAGCUCAACGGCGCCGCCCUGCUGGUGACCUUCCUCCUGUGCCGCGUCCUCCUCUUCCCCUACCUGUACUGGGCCUACGGGCGCCAGCGGGGGCUGCCGCUGCUGGGGGUCCCCGCCGCCCUGCCCCCCGCCUACAACGCCGCCGCCGCCGCCCUCCUGGCCCCACAGCUCUACUGGUUCGCCCUCAUCUGCCGGGGGGCUUGGCGCCUCUUCCGCGCCCCUCCCCCCGCGCCCCCCCCACAGCCCCCCUGAGCCGCCCCCCCCCACCCACCUUCCCCACCCCACCCCCCCCCGAUGGGACCCCGACCUCACCCUUCCCCCACAUCGGCACCCUGGGGAGCGGGGAGGGGUGGGGGGGGUGUCUCGGCGGGGGGAGGGUUGAGGUAUCUGUGGGGCAGCUUGGGGUGGGGGCUCUAGGGGCAGUUUAGGGGGUUCUGGGGCACCCAGGGGGUCCUGGGGUGGGUCCUGGUGUCCCUGUGGGGCACCUUGGAGGGUCCUAAGGUCCCUAUAGGGCACCCUGCGGGGUUCUGGGGCACCCUGGGGUCGCUAUGGGGCACCUUGGGGGGUCCUGGUUUCCCUAUGGGGCACGCUGGUGGGUUCUGGGGUACCCUGGGGUCACUAUGGGGCACCUUGGAGGGUCCUGAGGUCCUUAUGGGGCACCCUGGGGUCACUAUGGAGCACCCUGGGGUCUCUAUGGGGCACCCUGCAGGGUUCUGGGGCACCCUGGGGUCACUAUGGG